UAUUCCCUGGAUGCAGUUUCUUUGUGCACGGUUAAAGUUACGAACAAUCGCGUUGUCUAUUUUUUUGAAAAGUUUAAAUUAUUCGCGUCUUUUUAAAGAAAUCAACAACAACAAGUUUUUUGAUAAUAAGAAGAGAACAAUAAAUUUUAAGAAGAUUAUGACAACUGUAGAACGUCAAAAGUUUUUUAAGACAUGGUUAAAGAUCCAACAGAGUUUGAAAACUGGAAGAAGAAAAGAAGAACGACAUUUCUUUCUUUCUGUUUGUUAACAUGUUGUUUGGGUUCCGAGUAUUCCGUUAUUAUACCUAGCUUGUGGUUUUACGUAACAGACAUCACCAAAAGUGCGCAUUCAAAAGUUUAUUAUGGUUUUACCUUAUCUAUUUAUUAUAUCUCCGCCAUUAUUGGAAGUUUUGUUAUCACGAAAUAUGUUGAUAAAACGCGGAACAUACGGAAGACCAUUCUGACAUUAAUUAGUUGCGAAAUUAUUGGCAAUGUUUUAUAUUCGAUUCCAUUUUCUCCGUUAUUUCUUCUGUGUGGCAGGUUUAUUCAAGGUUUGGGAGACGUGAAUAUGUCAAUCAUGACAGCAGAAAUUGCGCGAAGUUACACCGAAAAGGAAGUGACAUCUAAAAUAGCCGUCAUAGUAGCUUGCUUCUCCACUACUUUUGUCAUGGCUCCAGGUCUAAACAUUGUAUUCAAACUUAUUGACGUAAACAUCAAAGGUUUUCGUGUUUAUUAUGGCAAUCUACCUGGUUUGUUUAUGGUUGUCAUGUUCGUGUUUGCAUGGUUGAUUGAAUACGCAUUCGCAUAUGAUUUAUCGAAAGAAUUUGAUUUGAAGCAAAAUAAAACUUCAUUGGACAGACUCAGUGACAGUGACAGCGAAACAAAUAUCCUUUUAAGAAAUGAAAGAGAUUAUUAUGAUGGGCAGCUUAAGGAACAAAAUUUUCAACAAAUUGAAACUCAUCCAUUUUCCCUGCUCAGCUAUUUUGAUUUCAACUUCUUAGUCUGGUUGGGAUUCUUUAUGUCAUUCAGCAUGGUAGGUUUGAUGGAUGUCAGCAUGCCGAUUCUGGCUGCGGAGGACUUCCAUUUCACGUCUCAAACUACAGGAAUGCUCUUUCUACUCACUGGAACUGUAUUCAUUAUAGUCUUAGCAAUCGUAAAAUAUCUGUCAAAACAUAUCGCCGAGUACUAUUUGUUACAUGUUGGUUUAGGAGUGUUCGUGGCGUCCAUAGUCUUAUUUCUUUUAGUAAAUAUGGCAAAAAGGUUGAAUUUUAAUGUUGGAAUAGCUGUGUUCUGUUCUUACGUUGUGAUUCUUGGGACAUGUUCGUGUGUCGAGCAAGUAAUUCUACGAUCAUUAUUAUGUAAGCUGAUUCCUUCAUCGUGUCAGACGUUAGCAGAAGGCUUGCGAAGAUCUGCAAGUUCGUUCGCCUGCAUCACAUCCAGUUUACUUUUCCCUUUCUUGUUAAAUUAUAUUGAAGUUGUUUGUUACGUAACAUUGGUGUUGGUUGUUGCAGCAUGCAUCUUAUUAAGAUAUCGAAAAAACAGUUUGCUUAACCCCAAAAUAUUUUCUGUGAAUUAAGAAUUAACUCACAGUUAUUUGUGACUCUCGAAAUCAUUUAUGGAAGUAUUUAUAAUUGACUUAAAUUGCGUUAUGAGCUUGUUAAAAAUUGUCUCAAAAUUAAGGUGGCCGAAAGAGCCUUGGAUCCAGGUUGUUCUCCAAAUAAUCAGAAGUAAAUGAAAAAGCAUAAAAGAAAAUAGUGGGUGGUAAAAGAUAAUUGCUGGUAACAGCAAUUUUAGUAUCACGUUAUGAUAUUUUUGAGAACAGAUGUUUUUCUGCGGAUCAUUAUUACUUGGUAACAAAAAUGAUAUUUUUUAACAACACUAUUUCUAUGGCAACUCUCAGAGCUCCUUAUUUCAAUAUUUUUGAGUUAUAAUAAAAAAAGUGGUUCGGUGUGACAACCCAUCUGCGACAAAAAGGUUUAUCUGAAUCAA